AUGAGUCACCGACGACGUCAAGGAAUCGUCUGCGACCUUCGGGAGCAAGGGACGGCUCGGAUUAUUUUCAGUAAAGAUGGCACAAAAUUUCAGGUUUUUUCUUCAGUUUCUAUUAAUUUUUUGUUCAAAAUAAGCUUUAAAAACCCUAAAUUCCGAAAAGUUCAUAUUUCCGAGUUCAAAGCUGAUUAACACAAGUGAUUACUUAAGUAACUCUAUUUCCCUUCAGGGAGUACUUGAAACCGACUCCGGUGAGACAAUCGCGCUCCGUGGCAAAUGCUCCGAAGGAACCGUGCCGAGUACUUCCGGCGUCCCACCGCCGCCGGUUGUCAUGACCGUUGAUAUUA